UACGGUCCUGAUACGAGGAAAUACGUCGCCAAUAUGGUCCUGGAUGUUGGACGCCCAGUCCUGCCUCUACACGUCGCGUGCAUACGCAGUAUACCCCGUAUGACACGUCAGCGCCUGGCCCGCUUGUCAGAAGGGAGCCCACCAGUCAGCGCGGAGCCCACCCCUUGCCCCCCAUCCCCGUCUCGCUGUCUUUUCUCGAUCCUUCGUGUGUCCACGAACCGAAAACAGAGCACAAAGCAGAGUAGUGGGAUAGGGUGCGGCGGCGGAUCAUCGGCGACCCGAUGGCCUUCCGAUGGUAGUUGUUGCGGUGGUGGAAGGGACUGCGACGGCGCCGCAACCCGUAGGACGGGGUUCAGCGGCGAUGGAGGGCCCGCGACGGCGGCCCGACGGCGAGGCGGCUCCGACGUACGGUAUGAUUCGUCACCUAACAAUAUUGAGACGGUUUUGUGCCUGAAAUCCAAUUUUAGUUCUAAUUAGGUUGUGUGCAAAUAUAAUUUCAUGUGUUUAUGCCUAUUUCAUGCACUUUGGAGGGAAAUUUGUUAGGGUUUGGGUAAAGUACGACAAAAAGAUUGAACUUUCACUGAUUUUAUUUGCAGCAAAGGAUUCUCGGUUGUUCACUGUUGAGGUGAUCCAUGGAGGAUUUUUCUUUGGCAGUGGUCAGAAUAGGUGCUAUUUGGAUGGCAAAAAGGUUAGCUAUGAUUACUGUCAGGUGGAGAGUGCAUAUUACAAAUUGUUUGAAGAAUUAAUUGAGCACUUGGGUUAUGAAAAGAGAGGUAGAAUCGAUAUGUAUUGGUUGCCCCCUGGUUGUCAGCUAAAUGAAGGUGGUGCUAGGCUUUUGUCCAAUGAUGUUGACGUAGAUUGUAUGUAUCUAACGCUUAAUCGAGGGCACCAAUUUCAAAUGAUAUACCUCGAUCAUUUGGACAGCCAUAUUUCUGGAGGAGGAGCUGGAUGGGAUGAUGUUGUGGCUAAUCCAGUAACACAAAUGCCAGUUGUUUUCAGUCCAAUGAAGAAGUCAAGCAAUGCAAAUGAUAACAGAGAUGUGGAAGAAAGCAACACAUCUUGUAGUGUUGUGGAUGAAAGUCAUGAAAUUCAGAGUCAUGACCAACUCUUUGACAGACUGAGACCAAGAAAACAAAAUAUAGAAGAGCAGGAAGAACAGUAUGCAGAUUCAGAUACUUCUGACAGUGAUUAUAUUCCUGAAAUUAUUGACAGUGACUAUGACUUGGAGGAUGGGGAUGAGGAUUUGUUGCAGGAGCAGCUACACCCUCUGCAAGAUAGGAAAGGGAAGAAGGUGGUGGAAGAGUGCAACUCUGAAGAUGAGGAAUUGGAUGCUCCAAAUUCAGAUCAAGAUGAAAUGAAAUUCAAUUUCAAAUCAUUUACAGCUGCAGAUAUGCAUGAGCCCAAGUUCCAUGCAGGCCAAUUGUUCUCUUCAGUCGAGCUCUUGAGGAAAGCAGUUAGAGAGUACAGUUGCAAGGAGAGAGUGAACAUCACAUUCCCAAAGAAUGAUAAAACAAGGCUUGGUGCAAAGUGUGAGAAAGGAUGCCCAUGGUAUCUUUAUGCAUCUUGGGAUAAUAGGACAAAUUCAAUAAUGGUGAAGACAUUCAAUGGUGAGCAUACUUGUGAGAAGAAGUGGCAAGUUACAGCCUUUACAGCUAGGUAUAUUGCUCACAAAUUUGUCGACAAGAUUAGGGCAUGUGAGAGGAUUUCAUUGAAGGCCUUAGCAGGUUUUGUCCAAGAAGAUUGGAAUAUGACAAUUAAAAGGGGCAAGUUAGGGAGAGCUAGGAAGAUUGCAUAUGAUAUUAUAUAUGGUGAUGAGAUUGCACAAUACAACUUGUUGUGGGACUAUGCAAAUGAGCUGAGGAGAUCUAAUCCUAGUAGCACUUUCUUUGUUGAACUUUCAGACGAGGGGCAAUUUCAAAAAUGUUACUUCUCAUUUGAUGCAUGCAAAAGGGGCUUCUUAUCUGCUUGUAGGCCUAUUAUUUUCCUCGAUGGCUGUCACUUGAAGACACAAUAUGGAGGUGUGCUUUUAAGUGCUGUAGGAAUGGAUCCUAAUGAUUGCAUAAUUCCUGUGGCUCAUGCAGUAGUGCAAAGUGAAGAUACAAAAGCCUGGAGAUGGUUCUUGACUGCAUUGAAGCAAGAUCUUGGCAUACAUAACACAGAUCUCUGGACCAUCAUGUCUGACAAGCAAAAAGGUUUACUGAAAGCAGUGAAGGAAUUGUUCCCACUUUCACCACACAGAUUUUGUGUGAGGCAUCUAUGGCAGAAUUUCAACAAGAAUUUCAAGGGAGAGGCCUUAAAGAACCAGCUAUGGAAAUGUGCUAGAAGUACUACAGAGGGAAGGUUUAGGAAAAAUAUGAACCAAAUGUUAGUUCUCAGCAAAGAGGCCCAUGACUGGCUGGAUGAGUUGGAUCCUAAAACAUGGGUCAGGGCUUAUCAAAAUGAUUUCCCAAAGUGUGAUGUGCUGCUCAAUAACAAUUGUGAGGUAUUCAACAGGUACAUCCUGGAGGCUAGGGAGAUGCCAAUUAUAAGCAUGUGCCAGAGGAUCAAGGGCCAAAACAUGGGAAGGAAUUAUGGAAAACAACAAGAGGUCUUGAAGUGGCAUGGUACUAUUUGUCCAAAGAUAAGAAAGAAAUUGGAUAAGAAUAUUGAAUUUGCAAGAACUUGUCAUGCCGCACCAGCUGGAAAAGGGUUGUUUGUAGUCAAUGAUAGAGGUAUGGACUUCAGUGUGGACACAAGAAUGGAGAAGUGUAGCUGCAAAAGAUGGGAUUUGUCAGGUAUCCCAUGUUCUCAUGGAGUCUCUGCUCUUAGAUAUGACAAAAUACCACCAGAAUCAAGGGUGAACUCUUGUUACUCUAUUGAGACUUAUUGCAAGGUAUAUGAGCACAUUAUCAUGCCAUGUAAUGAUGUGAGUGAGUAAGCUAUGAUGAAUGGCAGAAAAAUCAUACCACCACCACUUCAGAAAAAGAAAGGAAGAAGGGCAAGGAAUAGGAGACAACAACCAGAAGAGAAGCAGGGAAAGAGAGGUGUGAAGAUCAAUAAGGCAGGCGCAGUCAUCCAUUGUGGAUAUUGUGGAGGUGCUGGUCAUAACAUAAAUGGUUGCUUGGACUGGAAGUUAGGGUUGAAGCCUAAGAAAAAAACAAGAAGCCAUAGAGUUAGAGCUGAGCCAGAUGUGUCAUCUUCAGAUGAAGAAACAAUAGGCCUUACUCAGCAUUAUUACUUUCCAGGAAUUUAAUCAACAGACAGCUGGUGUUCUUAACCAUGACCAACCUUUGUAUCAUUCAGAGAUGCUAGCUACUUUAACACAGGAAAGAGAAUCAAGGCAGAGAGAGGAAGUUGUGCAUGGCCCACUACCUGAGAAUGCUUUCAUACAGCAGCAAGCCCUCUCACAGCCUCCAAUUCAACCUACAACAGCAACAAAAACUGGUGAUGUGCACAGGAAGAGAGAGGUUGUUGCAUUUGCCAGGCUUAGAGCAGCAGCUGAGAGAAGAGAGAUAGCCGAUCAGGCCAAGUUUGAUGCAGCCAUUGCAAAAUUAAAAGAAGAAGAGGACAAAAUCAAGUUGUCUGCUCAAAAGAAGAAAGAUGACCAACUAGCAAAGAAACAUGCUGCAGAGGACAAAAGAAGGCUGCACUUGAAGAAAAAAGAAUUGCUGCAGAUGAGAGGAAGAAAGCUAGUGAGGAAAAGAAAAAAAAGGCCCUAGAGGAUAAACUGGCCAUGGCAGACAAAAGGAGAGAAGCUAUGGAGAAAAGGAAAAAAGAAGCAGAAGAGGCAAAAAGAAUUAAGGCAAAAGAAAGACAAAGAAUUGCUGAAGACAAAAAAAGAGUUUGCAAGACUAAAUUUGAUGCAGAAGAGGCAUUGUUUCUUAUAAAUCAAGCAGAUGAGAUUGAUAGGCAGCAAUCAUUUCUGCAAACACAGGAGACAGCAAGGCAAAGAGCUUGGGAGCAGCAGACUGUCCAGCAGGAAGCUACAAGAGUGCAGGCAGCUUUGCAGGAUGCAGAUAAGACGAAGGCACAGCAAGACAGAGAAGCAAUGGUGGAGGAGCAGAGGAUGAAUGCAUGUCAGUCCAAAACUACAACAAUGAAGAGAACUGGAGCAAGCUCUAGUCAAAACAGGAGAACAUUUAAAAAACCAAGAAAAGUUAGCAUGUUUGAUGAACUUAGGGGUGGUUGAAAAUUAACGAAAAGUGGUGGUUUCAUUUUGUGUUCUGUUUGUGAUCAGAUGUAGAACGUGUUAAUGAACAUGUUCUGCUCGUGAUCAUGCUCCAGACCAUGCUGGAUAGCUUUUGUAAUAUGCUUUCUUUUGUAGUAUGUAAACUGGAUGUCAGACUUGUUAUAUGCUCCAGAAUAUAAUGGAUAGCUUUUGUAAUAUGUAAA